AUGGGGGAAUAUGGAUGUAAUGUUUGCAAUGAGGAGUAUUCAGCAUUAGAUGAAAAGCGAACGCCCAGAGUGCUUACAGGUUGCGGGCAUACAAUAUGCCAAGGAUGUGCUCAAUCAAUUUGUAAGCCAGGUGGAUCCCAUAUAAUAUGUCCGUUUGACAGGGUCAGCACUCCUGUCGCUAGUGGGGAAGUACGAAACCUGAAGAAGAAUUUUGCUCUAUUGGAGCUCAUCGAGAGGAUUCAGCAAGCGAACUCAGGGGAGAUUGAUCGGUAUGCUCGAGAUCGUUUGCUUGGUAUCGACUGUGACGAAGAUCCUUGUCACACUGCCGUACUUUUCUGCACUGUUUGUGAAAGUCAUUUGUGUGAGAGAGUCGCCAACGAGUUGUCUAACAGGGAGCGAGGGCCAUUUGGUGAAGCUCUUAUG